UCGCCGUCUGUUACAUUUGGGCUUUUACUGUACGUAUUGUUAAAUAGGGCCGUCUUUCCUCGAGAAUCUUCAAGAAGGAAUCUACGGCUGGUUAAUACCUUGAGACCUCGAAGAAUAACCACACUUUCUCGCAAAUAAUUGUUAUUUUGCAUUGGUCGCAUUGGGCUCGUUGUCUUGCUAAAAAAACCCUACGACAAAAGGAUUUCUGUCGCAGUUGUUCAAUUCGUAAAUGCCUGAAGAUAAGAACAACUGCCAAAAAUUCGCUUCGUUUUCUUCUAACCUAAAUUUCCUCAAACAUUUUCCAAUAAUGACCUAACUAAGAACCAGGCUCACUGAUCGAUGGCGGAAGUCGCUUUCUCCUUGGUCACACAACACAAUAAUAUCUUUUGGUUCAAGGCACGUGCACAGUGGAUGUCUCGUAAGCGUGAUUGACAUUAUCAGACAGUGAUUUUAACCACGUGAUCGAUUUUAACCAAUGACAGAAGAGAAAAAUUAUCGCGUAAAAUUUCAGAGCACCGGACUUUCACUCAGUUGGAUGCAAAUCAGUUGUUCCCGAUUUCCUGUACUUUCCCGCGAGUUGAGUUAUGCAUCCAUCCUCACUCGUGUAUUGCCUUUGGCAUGAUCGAAUCUCAGAGCUCGAAUUGGUGACAAAAUAACUCUUCAAACAGCGUUGCAUUGGAGGCCCAUUUCCUCAAUCAUUUGCAGCCGCCAUAUUAAGCAAAUCUAGCUCUUAGAUUGCCCAAUCAGUGAGGCUUCCACAGGAAAAGCAGAGAGGAACUUGUAACGAGUCUGUGGAAGGCCUGUCGAUAAUUGUUUUCUUUUAUGGCUCAUAGUUCACUGUCGUGUUGUGAAAUCUUCUACAAUUUUAAUCUUACCAAGAUGGUUAAACCACUUGCUGAAGCAGCCAUUGAUUUUCCAAUUUUUUGGAGAAAUAGAGAUCUUUGGUUUGCAGCUUUUUGCAUCAUGUUUAAUCCUUUCUUCUGGAAUGUUGCAGCACGGUGGGAGUACAGAACACAUGCAAUCACUCAAUGGUUUGGUUCAGCGGAGAGAGGAUGCUAUGCCCUUGCUGUAGUGAUUUGUGUUUUGGGAUUAUUUAGAGAUUACCGAUUUGAAGAGGCCAUCUCAGGCCAGCCUAUUGCAUUAGCCAUGUGUACUGAGAAUGUUCGUAUUUGUGGUACUCUCCUUAUUGCAAUUGGAACAGUUCUUGUCCUGAGUAGUACAUGGUCACUGGGCAUCACAGGAACAUUUCUAGGGGAUUAUUUUGGUUUAUUGUUAAACAAGAGAGUCACAAAUUUCCCAUUCAAUAUCAUGAACAACCCAAUGUACUGGGGAUCAACUUUGAACUUCUUGGGAUAUUCAUUAAGACAGUGCAGCCCAGCAGGUGUACUCUUAACUACAUUAGUUGCCAUUUGUUACAAGAUAGCUUUAUUAUUUGAAGGGCCUUUUACUGAGAACAUUUAUGCAGAAAAGAAAUUGAGAGAAGAAAAGGAAGAGUGAAAAUGGAUAAAUUAUGAUAAUUUAUUUUCCCAGGGUAUUAUUUUAAUGGUUAUUUACUUUCUAGUAAAGUGGACAAGUUUAAGGAUGUAAGCAUAUAUUGCUUUGUUGCGGUAAAGUUAGGAGGACAAAGUUAAUUUAUACCCAUAAAGACCCCUAAAGAUAUCUUGUGGGGUUUACUCUUAGCUUAGACCUCUCAGUGGUUUACCAGUCAAUAACUCUCUCCAAAUAACAUGUACAAAUAAAAAAAAAAUGGAUAGAAGUUGAAAGAAAGAUUAUAGAAGUGAAAUAAUCCUUGCACAGACAUGCAUGGUUUAGCUUGUAUGUGCUGGACAUUUUUAAUCUAUGCAACUCAGGUCAUUGCAGAAAUAGUAGUCUGAAAUUAUUGUUUGUAUUCAGAGAUGAUUCUCUGAGACCGACUCCUGCAUUUUUUUCAUAUUUAAAAUGACCUUUUUGAAGCAGAAACACCGGUCCAAGUCAAAAUUUGAAAGAUGAUUAGGUGAAUGAUCAUACCUAGAGUUAUUUCUCGAGUCUGAUAUUUGUUAUCUUGAAUUGUGACCAGGUUGUGGGAAAUAUUAUUUCCUGUCACAUCUGUGUGGACAGCUGGGCAUUUAAUUAUUUUUCAUGGAAUCACAUUUUUUAAUUUCUGAUUCUAUUAGCAGCAGUCAUUGAUCUGUUAGUUCAUAAAGUGUUGGGUAUUGAAAAUUGUGGUAUCCAGGUCAAAUCUGUCGUUUUGCAAAAUAAAGACCCAAUUAUUUACACCGAUUAAAGAGAGUUGAUUUUGACAGGAUUGAAUAAUGUUGAUGCAAACUAGAAGGUUAGAAAGAAUCAAAACUGUGUUGUUCAAUUAAAACUUCCAUGAUAUGACCCUAACUGUCAUUGCUGCUCAAUGCUGUGUUAGCAGAGCUGGGUAUACAUUAGUUGAAGAAUCAAAGAGGACGCAUCGAUUCUCUGUUACUCUGAGUUUCACGCCGAAGCACUUGUCAGACAAAUGCUGUGAGAAGAAGGCUAGGGAGGUACAUGCUUUUUGCAUUGUGUUGUAAUUAUAGAGAGUUUGAGAACAGGAGAAAAAAGAGAAAGAAAACUGCAUGCUUGGUUUCUAAAUAUUACUGAGCUACACACUGGAACAUUAGAAGUGAUCAUAAAACUGUCACUGUUUUAUUAAGCUGGAUUUUCUAACUUAUCACUUGUUCUAAUUAUUAACUGUAUCAUGUUAUCAUGAAGUUGUACAGGAGACAAAUGAAUAAAGUGUAACUUAGAAUAUCACAUUA